AUGUGGAGUGUAAGAACUAGGAGAUUAUGCACUAAUCCUCUGUGUGGCUCCCAAAACUAAGGACACUUUUGUCUGCAGCUCUCUGGGAUUAAAACAAUACGGGGAUAUUUGGACUAUGAUGCGGUUACCCACAUCUUACCCCCUUUUCUCCUCUUCCUCCUGAGCAUUUCCCUGCUGUCUCUGGGAAAGUGGCAGUUUAAGGGGAAAAACAAGUGUGUGAAGCCAAGAAACACAACUGACCUCAGUUACAUCGACUAAACAAGGGACUGAUUUAAAGAGUCAAAGUGUGUGUGUGACCAGGACAACAUGAGCACAACUGAGCCAGGCUCCAACUUCACCUUCACCUUCACGCCCAGCGCAGAAAUCAGCAGCCUGACGACCACCUCCGUCUCCUCCACCCUCCGACAGCCACCGGCCCACUCCUCAGCCAGCCAUGACCCAGAGUUCACCAUCAUGGUGGUGCUGGGCCUGUCCCUGCUGCUGGCCGGGCUGGCGGCCUUCCUGGCAGUGUGCCGGCCGUCUGAGCAGGACGGGGACGCCGAGGCCAGCUGCGGUCCGGGGGACGGCCCGACUCGGGGAAGGGGUCGGUCCAGUGAGCCUCAGCUCAAGGUGUGGAGGCGGCUGGGCUCCUAUCGGCGCUCGUACAACCUCUCCUUCAGACGGCCGCCGCAUCGGAGGCCACACGAGCGCGGGAGCACACAGGUGACUCAGUCGCCGGUCCGACAGACACCACAGCCUGAGGUCAGCGCUGAGCCUCACCUCACCAUGCCAUGCCUGUUUGACUAUGUCACUGAAAUCUGACUGACUGAGUCCUGACUGGGUCCUCAAAGCGGCAACUGCCAACAUUACUAAUGUGCUGUGCGUUUACAUGUUUACAUGAAAUUAAUUUUUAGCAUUUGUGGCUGGAGGAGGUUUACUACUACACAGCAUGUGCUUAAACUGUAGGCAAUCAAAAAGCCAUAGUGGCAGCUUCAAGCACUUUUGCGACUGAUUGCUUCCCCUCCUGUAGUACAGUAGGCAACGCUGUUGAGCAUAGAUGGUCUUUAUCAGGAGAGCUCUGCGCUACAUUCAGCUGAGGUAACAGCGACUUAAUAUGACACUGAAAGCCUCUCAGUGGGAAUGUGAUGCCUUGUCAAAUCCUCGGCCCUGGAUUAAAGUUCACAUUUUUCCAAGAACAAUAGCAAGAGCAUGAUACAGUAAAGACCCUGGGCAUCGAAGCACUUCAGUUAAAUCAUUGUAGAGGUUUUGUUAAUUAGUGAGUAGUUUGAAUACUAAGCAGUGUUCUCUACAUUAUAUAUAUAGUGAGUAAUUAUCCCAUGCCAUCAAUCUGGCCAUUUAUCUGUAUUAUUUACAGUAUGAUUUCAUGUGGGUGUCAAAACCUAAUGCACCGGACCCUGAGCCAAAAAGACAGAGCAGGUUGUUAUUAUUGGGAAAUAAAGUGUCU